CACCGGUGGAGGGUGAAGGCGCCUUUUGCUGAAGCUCUAUCUGCGUGUCCACCGCUAUUAACGUAUAAGCAACGCCGGCAUGGCUCCGUUGAGCUUCGUGACAGCAAGUGUUAGCCUUUUGGCGAAGUCCUUCAGUGUCUUCACAUGCACAAGCACUCUGGCAAGAGUGGUCCAAGCUGCGUACAGCAACCCGGUAAAAUGCCUGUGCACCCAAGCCGGCGGCCCCCCAAAGAGGCCUCUCAAUGGAUACAUGAGAUAUGUCAUGCAGCAGAAGCCGCUAAUGGCAAGACAGAACCCAGAAUUAAAACAAGUAGUUAUGGUCAGUAAAAUUGCCCAGGCAUGGAGAGCGAUGACCCCAGAGCAGAAACAGCCAUUUGAAGAUGCCUUUCAACGGGAGCAGGAACAGUUUAAGAUUGAUCUGGAGCAUUACCAGGCCCAGCUGACCCCUGCAGAGGUCCAGCAACAGGUCACAGAGAAGAGGCAGAGGAGGGCCAAGAGGAAAGCCAUCCGCAAGAAGCGGGAGUUAACCAACAUGGGGAAGCCCAAACGCCCCCGCUCACCAUUCAACAUCUUCAUGUCGGAACAUUAUGAGGAAGCCAAAGGAACCACCACACAGGCAAAGAUGAAGUCUCUGUUUGACGACUGGAGGGAUCUCAUCAGCACUCAGAAGCAGGUGUACAUACAGUUGGCGGAGGAUGACAAAAUCCGUUACAAGAACGAGAUGAAGUCAUGGGAGGACCACAUGGUGGACAUCGGACGAGAAGAUCUGAUCAGAGACCUGACUUUGUCGGCCAAGAAAAAAGCUGCAAAAACGUCAAAGACGGUAAAGAAAGUGGAGGCGAAAAGGCCCGCCACUGCCGAAGGCGCAUCCACGGCAACCACUAUGAAGGCACCAGGCAGCGCUUCAAAAAGAAAGACAAAGAAGACUUAAUCUUGGUUUAUCAGUGGAGUCUGUGGUUAAAGGUGUUGUAGACUACUGUUCCCAUGAUGCAUGUCUUCUCUUUGUUUAUCCUCUGAAUUGGAAGAACAAAAACCAAAACACUUCACGCAAAAACCAAUGAAACGCCUCCUUGGUUCAGUAGACAUCCAAAACAUCACAUGUAGUCCAUUGGAGAGCUUUGACCAAGUCAUGUGACAAGCAGUUACUAAAGAAUCUUUAGGAUAAGCGGGUUUAACAUGCACAGUCCAUAGACAAAAGUAUUGGGACACUUGGCCAUUGUGCACAUCAAAAGUACAAGAAUCGACAUUUGAGCUGUUUCGUCUUAAGGAGGUUCAAAGUAGAGCUUCGGAAUGCAAAAUGAAGAAAUGGAAGUGAGACACUUUUUGUUUCUUUUGUAUUAAAGUGAAAUCGGCUGUUCAUCUGCUGAUCAGACGUUGAAGAGCCCAGCCUUUGGAAGCCGGAACGUGGGUUCUAUGUCGUUUUCUGUCAGGUAUUCGGAGCAUCCCUUUGGCUGUCUGACAAGAUAAGACGCUGCAGAGUGCAGUUCCAAUAACCAUCAGAUGGCAAGUUUACAAAAAUGGACAUCAGUCCCAGACAUUGGAUGUUCUCCGUGAAGCCAUCUUCAGCACCUGGAUCAACAUCCCCACUAACCUCUUGGACACACGGGCAUCUAGCAUGACCAAAUUACAACUACUCAAUAUUUUAUUUGUAUUAUCUGGGGAUAUGUAGCACGGGCGGUCGAGUGGUUAGCACGUAGACCUCACAGCUAGGAGACCAGGGUUCAAUUCCACCCUCGACCAUCUCUGUGUGGAGUUUGCAUGUUCUCCCCGUGCAUGCGUGGGUUUUCUCCAACAUUUCCAAAAACAUGCUAGGUUAAUUGGCGACUCCAAAUUGUCCAUAGGUAUGAAUGUGAGUGUGAAUGGUUGUUUGUGUAUAUGUGCCCUGUGACUGGCUGGCGACCAGUCCAGGGUGUACCCCGCUUCUGAAAUGAAUGAAUGAAUGUUUUUUUCCCUCUGGUCUUCAACUUUUGAUCAGCUGAUGAACAGUCUGUCGCUUGUUUGCAUACAAGUAUUUGCAUGUAGUUUUUGUCUCACUCCUGUUUCUUUUUGCAUUUUCAAGGUCUACCUCCAACCUCAUUGAUCGUUUUUGGUCAUGGGACAUUCUUUGCAGAACAUCAUUUGUUCAAGCAGAUGCCAGCCCGAAACUGUCUAAUUAGCAUGGAUCAUCAACUCAUGAAAUCAAACAACCAAUCCGCCCAGUAUUAUCAAUACUCCAGAAAAUAUGACUUUGCUAUUAUUGUUUGUAGUGGAUCUGAGUACAUUAUACCGAUAUACCAAUAGUCCAUUUCAAAAUAACGUGAUAUAAAAUAAGUCACAUUUUGUGACGCUUGCAGCCUCCCUGCUGGUGGCCCUCGAAGCUCUGACAUCCUGUUUCAAUCAUGGCGGCGGCGAGGUGAUGUUAAUCAGUUGUUAGGUGCAGCCUUGGUCUCAAAAUGUGAACUAAUUAAAUACCAAUUCCAACUGAACCAGGAGUUAGAACCGGUGGCUUGAUGGGUGACACCGGGGUGUUGAACAUUCAAGGUUUAGGAGAAGGUCAAAUGAAGUUCACCUUUAAAAGGUUGUGAUGUAAACAAGCCAGGCAGGGCCCUUUUGUAUCAAACGUGCAGCUAGUUUUAAGAGUGAUUUUUGUACCAUAAGCUUGUUUAGAUGCACCAUUUUACUUGUGCAUUGUAAGGUUUGUAGUAUUUCUCCAUCGCAUUUCCAUCCAAAUCAUCCACAGGAAGAUUACUUUUCAAAUGCGGCGUGCUUCUCCGUUUUCCUUUAACUCUUUCAAGUCUACUUUUUUUUUUAUAUUUUUGUACUUUUGUGUAUGAUUUGAUGUCACACCCGUUAGCAUCCCGUCGCUGUUAAGAGUAGAAUAUAACCCGAGUGACCGUUUGUGUAUUUUCUCUUUGAAUAAACACGUAGCGUACAUGCAGCCUUAUGGUAAUGGGGAAAUUAAUGAAACUAAUAUUCAAUGCGGCGGUACGGUGGUCUAGUGGUUAGCGUGCAGGCCUCACAGCUAGGAGACCCGAGUUUGAUUCCACUCUCGGCCAUUUCUGUGUGGAUUUUGCAUGUUCUCCCCGUGCAUGCGUGGGUUUUCUCCGGGUACUCCGGUUUCCUCCCACAUUCCAAAAACAUGCUACGUUAAUUAGCAACUCCAAAUUGUCCAUAGGUAUGAAUGUGAGUGUGAAUGGUUGUUUGUCUAUAUGUGCCCUGUGAUUGGCUGGCCACCAGUCCAGGGUGUACCCCGCCUCUCGCCCGAAGACAGCUGGGGUAGGCUCCAGCACCCCCCAUGACCCUCGUGAGGAAAAAGCGGAAGAAAAUGAAUGAAUGAAUGAAUAAUAUUCAAUGCCACAGUCGCAAUCAAGGGAAAGAAUGGAAGGAAAAUGAAAUCAGAAACGGCCUUAAACAUCAUACCAUGAUUUCCAAGUUCUUGGUUAAAAUAUUAAGACAAAUUGCAAAAAUUUACAUUUGCUAUAAAUGCUAAAAGAAGAAAUGGGAGUGAUAAUAAAAGGCAUUAAAGGGAAAGGCUGUUCAUUAUCUCAUACGUUUAAGACCAUAGCUCCAAAAUACCCCAAUAUGCAAAUAACAUAUUCAAAAGGGGAGUCAGUGAGUCGCUGUGCCACCUUAAAAACUUGUUCACCUUAAAAACUGCUGUGGUCAUGCUCGAUGCCAGUGUGUCCACAUUAGUGGGAAUGUUGAUCCAGGUGGUGAAGAUGUCUUCACGGAGGGCAUCCACUGUCAUUUGUGUAAACUUCCCUUGCCAUCCAUCCUCAAAUCUUCUCCAUUUGAUUUAGAUGAGAACAUGCAGGACGGUCCCAAAGUGAGCUUAUUCCUCUGGAAGAAGUCCUUUGUCAGGCGGCCAUUGUGUCAUGUGUCAUGAGGGAUGCCCCCCUGCAACAUCCCCCACACCGCCAUCUCCCUCUGGACGCCCCUGCACAACCUGAAAUGCCAUGUUUCCAUGGAAGGAUCAUGAUGCCGCCCCUCCACUGUGCCGUGUGGAAAACAUCUCAGGUGGCAUCUCCGUCACAGCCCUAUUUUUUUUCUCAGAGAAUAAACAUGUCUGGUGCUCUCAUGCAAAUUCCAAACAGGCAAUUUUGUGACCUUCGAAGAUAAUUUUUUGUUCUUAAAAUCCUUCUCUCACAGAUGCCGUCUGCUACUUAAUGGACUGUACUUAGUCCCAGUAACAACCUUCUUCCGGGCUGAGGACUGUCUCCUUUGUGACAUUUUUUGGCGUCUACCACUUGAACUUCUUGUUCCAUAGCCCUCAGAAUCUUUGAAGUAUUAUUGCUUAUGCAGCUCAAUAAUCUGACCAUGGUCACUUUUUUUGCCUUUAUCUAGAUUAUGACACUGAAUCCUAAAGGCUAUGAUCUUAAACGUCUGAUCAGCUGAUGAAGUGUUUGCAACAGGAGUACAUGAUGACAUCCAGGAUGUCCGUGUGGAGGUAAAGACAAGAACAAUGUGUAUUUAUAC